GGGGAUGGGCAUAUCUUUCCAGCAAGCAGUGAAGCACCAAGUCAAGACGCCCGCCUUCCAUUGUUCUCCUAAAAGUAUCCGAGGGCCAAGCCUUUCUUUCAGCGCUCAUACUCCUGCAUCACAGCCACGGAACCAUGCCUUGUAGAAUCCUCUCAUCACCUUCUCCCCUCCUCAUCUCCAUCGUCUUCCUCCUCCUCCUCCUAAUCUCCAUCAACGGUUCCCCUGUCACGAACAGCCCCGCAACCUCAUCCUGUCCAAACUCGGCGACCUGUGGCAAACAACUUAUUACUUAUCCAUUCUGGGUACACCAGAAUCCCACCUCCUACUGCGGUAAUGAAGGAUUUAUGCUGAUAUGCGAAGAUGAUGACCGCCUAAUCCUUUCCCUCGGCUCCCACAACUACACCGUGACCAAGAUCUAUUACCCCACCCGAACCUUCUCAAUUGCCGACACCGAUUUCCUCGACGCUGGCAUCUGUCCCUGGCCCAGACACAACCUCUCCUUCGAGGGCAACUCCGUCCUCGACUACACCUCCUGGGACAUCAACCUCACCUUCUUCCUCAAUUGCUCCUUCGGAGACGUUCUAAUCGACAACAAAAUAAACUGCAGCCUUCCAGGCAGCAGUGGUAAGUCGUCCUACAUAUUCACCGACGAAUAUCUUUCGACCGCCAUAGAAUACAAUUUGGCGCAGCGGUGUCAAGGUAUAGUGGUGGUGCCCGUCCUCAAUGAUCCGCCGCUCAGUGAUAUUUGGAGCCAUUUGCUCGGGGACUUCGGAGAGCUGUUGAAGAACGGCUUCCAGCUGCGCUGGCCCGACGAGAUCUCGGGAGCAUGCGACCGCUGCGAGAGCUCCGGCGGGCGCUGCGGCUAUACCCAACCAAACAGCACUAGUUGGGUGUUCGCCUGCUUCUGCUCCGGCGUGAUGCGCGACCACAGUUGCGGAAGUCACGAUCCAAGGAAGACGGGAAUCAUGAUAGGUGCUAUUGGUGCCGCCACAGGAUUAUCUCUGGGGUUCUUAUUGCUCUUAGUCUAUCUUCUUCGUUACAGAAAGUCUCACUCAAAUAAUGCACAAAGUGUUGAAGACUUGCUACAAAAAUAUGGAUCCUCGAUGCCAAAAAGGUACAAAUAUUCAGAAAUUAAAAGGAUGACCAAAUCCUUUAGUCAUAAGUUAGGGCAAGGCGGUUAUGGUACUGUGUUCAAGGGUAAUCUUUGUGAUGGCCGUCUGGUAGCUGUGAAAGUCUUAGGUGAGUCCAAAGGUAAUGGUGAGGAAUUUAUCAAUGAGGUAGUUAGCAUUGGCAGAACUUCCCAUGUGAACAUCGUUUGUCUGCUAGGCUUCUGUUUAAAGGGGUCAAAGAGAGCUCUUGUCUAUGAAUUCAUGCCAAAUGGCUCACUUGAGAAAUUUAUAUACACGGAGGUACCAGAUGCAAAGAUUAAACUUGGUUGGGAAAAAUUAUAUGAGAUUGCAGUCGGUAUUGCUCGAGGACUAGAGUACUUGCAUCGUGGGUGUAGCACUCGCAUAGUACAUUUUGACAUCAAGCCUCACAACAUCCUACUGGACCAAGAUUUUUGUCCCAAGAUUUCUGAUUUUGGGUUGGCAAAACUAUGCCCUCCGAAAGAGAGCAUCAUUUCAAUAGUCGGUGCGAGGGGAACGGUUGGAUACAUUGCCCCUGAAGUCUUCUCUAGAAAUUUUGGAGUUGUCUCCAGCAAAUCGGAUGUUUACAGUUAUGGAAUGAUGGUGCUGGAAAUGGUCGGUGGACGUAAAAAUAUAGAUGCAAGUGCAGAGAAUACUAGUGAAAUUUAUUUUCCACACUGGGUUUAUGACCAUCUCAAUCAUUAUGAUACCCUAGAAGCUUGUGGAGUGACUAGUGAUACUGAAGAGAUUGCCAAAAAGAUGAUAAUAGUUGGGUUGUGGUGCAUACAAAUGCUACCUGCAGAUCGUCCAUUAAUAAGUAGAGUAGUGAAUAUGUUGGAAGGAAGCAUCAGUGACUUGCAAAUGCCACCAAGACCAUAGUUAAUUUCUAUUUUAGAAUCAUCAAUGAUUCUAAUGAUUCAUUGACCUAUAUUCCUUAUGGUGCAAAACUCAUUGUAUUUUUCAGCUCUGUUAAAUAAUAAUCUCUAAGCUCAUAUUUUAGCUGCCAUGAAAUAACAUGUUUAAUAUCAUUUAUUUUGCUGCUUCUAUUGUUGCAAUAAGUAUAUAUUAUAUUAUAUUAUAUAAAUGGAUCUUAAUAAUGCUUUUUGAAUCUUUGAGUUUGGAGAAUAUGGCAAGAAAAAAAUUGAUUUGGUUUUAGGGCU